AUGAAUAAAGAAGAAAUUAAAUUAUUAAAAGAAAUAAAGUCAAUUGAAUAUACUGUUAUUGUUCUAUCUGAUAAAGGUGACAAAAUAAUUAUUAUGGACAAAAACGAUGAUAUUAAUAAGAUUGAGGAAAAAUUAAAAGAUUUGAAUAUUUAUGAACAAGCAAAAAACGAUAGAACAACAACAGUUAAAACAGAAAUCAAUAAAAAUGUUACCAACUUAUUAAAACAAAAUAAAUAUUAUUUAACAUCAAUUGAUGAUUUUCCUAAAAUUCGUGGUCAACCUAAAAUACUUAAAAAUAAUACUCCAGUGAGAAUUGUUACUUGUUCAAGAGAUACAUUAAUGCCACCAUUAUCUCAAUUCAUAUUCCAAAUAAUUAAAGAAUUAAGAACAACAUUAAAUGGCGUGAUAUGUAAUACAUCAAACGUUGUUACUGGUAUUGCAGAUAUUAAAUUAAAUCAAGAUGAUCAUUUAGCAUGUCAUGAUAUUCAAGAUUUAUAUUAA